AGCAGGAGAGAAAAGUCACCGCAGAGCAAAUCGCUAACAAAGUGAUCUGUUAUUUGGGCCGAAAUGGGAAGAAAAAGAGGGAAAAGAGAAUAAUGAGAGUCUAUGAAAGGCUGUCACUGCAAAGAGGUUUCAGCUAAUGACUUGAGGGGCCAGCAAUGGAUGACCAACGCAUCCGACUCCCUGCCCGUACCCUCCUGGACUGCGCCAGCACCGAUCAACUGUGCAUUGUUCGAACUCAAGAAUACGAAGUGAUAGUGGUUCCCGUAUUUCUGAUUGGCGUCUCAGUGAUCCUUCUUGCCAUUAUUCUAUGGCUCCGGUAUAGACCACGGAAACCAGAUGAAGAUGACCAGAGACAAGAUGAGCAGAGAAAGCCGAGCGCUGGUUACAUUAACCAUGCCAUCUCUCUGGAAGAGCUGACCUUGGAUCAGGUGCUAAGAACGAAAGACCCCUCAUUGCAAGCUCUGGAGAUACCGCGGGCCAGAAUACGGCAACCCCUGCAACUGGCUGGGGAAGGGCGCUUUGGGCCCAUCUACAGGACAAAGCUGAAUGGCCCAGAGGAUGGGAAAGAGAAAGAUGUUAUCAUUAAACGGCUUCGAAAUUCAUGUGGAGCACAAGAAAUCCGUGAUUUCCUGCAGAGGGUGGCCUUUCAGGGGUGGUUAGGCCAGCACCCAAACAUUGUAGAGCUGCUGGGGUGCUGCCCUAAUGAGAAGCCUUUCUGCAUGGUACUGGAGAACAUUGAACCGGGGUCGCUACUGCAUUUUCUCUGGGACUGCCGUCGGGAUGUCAUGUCCAUGGAUGGAAUUCUCUAUGAUCUCACCGAGUGUCAAGUUUACACCAUAGCUCUUCAGGUCCUUUCAGCACUAGGCUUCUUACACCAGCGCAAACUGUUUCAUGGAGAUCUGGCAGCACGAAACAUCCUCAUUCAUCGUAACCUAACCGCUAAACUGACCGGACUGGGUGGAGCCUGUGAGAUGAGACAGACUGGGACCUUCCCCUCUAGACGUCCUGCUCCCUUGAAGUGGAUGGCUCCUGAGCGGCUCCUUCGCUUGCCAAUCUCUGCCAAAUCAGAUGUGUGGUCAUUUGGAAUUCUUCUUUAUGAAAUGAUAACAUUGGGUGCUCCUCCUUAUCCUGAAAUUCCCCCAAAUGACAUCCUGCAGCACUUACAGAGAGGAAACAUUAUGAAGAGGCCUCCCACCUGCAAACCAGCGAUGUAUAACGUCAUGAAAAUAUGUUGGCUUUGGAAGGCACCCGAAAGGCCGUCACUGCCAGAACUGCGCAAGCGUUUGGAAUCUGCUAAAAAGGCUUCGAAUGACAAGACGGUUCUGCAAGUCCCAGAGCAGGUGGUGCCGGAGCUGUACGCCGGUGUCGCUGGGACAGAAUUUAUGAGAAUUGAGAAUGAUUACACUGUGCUGUAAGGGAAGCACUUGAAAGUCUACGAAGUCUGAUCUAGUAGAUGAAGAGGAGUCAUUUACUUGACCUUGAAGAACAUUGUGGAAGGCUCAUGUGCAGAUUGAAUGACUUGUAUGUAAGGAGAUUAAUGGUGGCAGUUACAUGCCUGUUGGAUUACCUUGGCAAGCAUACCGCGGUAAUGCAUUUAUAUUACCCUACAGGAAGCCUUUAAAAAAAACAUCCGUUUAAUGUCUUAAACUUAAAGUGGUGAGGAAGACUGGAUUGCCAUGAGAACCCAUGGGAGAGUCCCAGAGAGGGUCCCUCACACUGUGAAUGAGGACAUUUUUAUAUGUGUGUCAUACAAAGUAGCCCUUGUAUCAUGGACUUGGAUCCGUAUUUUUAUGGAGCUGUUGCCUUCUGUUACCGUUCUUUGUGUCUUUACAUUUGUGAGAGUUCAGUUUACAGUUAAAUAAGUUUUGAUUACAAUGUCUAAAAUACGAACCCCUUCCGCCCCGGCUUGAUUGCAGGAUUAAAGUGUCCCAGUCUGGGGCCCCCUACUCAUAACUAAACGAUAACAUGAAAGGCCUUGUGUACUUAUGCCCCAGUGCAAAAUCAUGCUUCUUAGUGCUUAUUUGCCCAGCACUGCUGCACUCUGCAACUCCAAUAGGAUUAAAUAUAAAGUGCUGCCAAACACAGGUAGUGCUGUAUUCCUUUGGGGGACAGCUCUGUGUGCCCAGAGUGUAAAGUGCAGGGCAUGGUGCAAAAAACAUUCCCGUAUGAACAAUUUUUUUUUACACUUUGCACCAUACACUGCGCUAAUUAAAUAAAAUCUAAUGCUCUCAGAAAUGCCCCCACCCUAUUAUCAACCCUAUGGCAUGGGGUUGAUUGACAUCUAGAGGUGCCACCUUACCCCAGAUACACUAUGCAGACUGCAUUGGAUUCUGUGCAACCUUGCAGCAUGUGUCUAUGUUUGUGUUUAGCCAUCAAAUAUCAGGCCCUAAUAUACUGUUCACCCAGCACAAGUACUUCUGUCUUUCAGUGAAGGAAUCUUAUGUUAUUUGUUACUCAUUAUAUUAUGGAAUCAAUGGUUUGUGGCUACUACAGAUGAUUACAUUUUCUGCAAUAUUAACUUCAUACCAUUACUUUACAAUACAGACUCCUUGAAUGGGGCCCUGCACUUUGACUGGCACUGAUGGCACUUAACCAUUUACAAAGCCACCCAGCUAACUCUAAUUCCCAGUGCUCUUUCCAUGUAGGAGGUAUGAGUAAGCACCAGAAGAGCUGCAAAUGCCCCACAAAUUGUGUCCUUCCUAAAACUCCAAAUCUACCCAAUAUUUAAGGACCAAUUAGCUCACCUUUAUCAGUAUGCAUGGUUAUUGUUGCUAGCAUGCACCCCAUGAACAAUGUACUAGUUAUUUGCAGAUCUCAGGAGAUGGUGUUCAUUUCAGCAUCAUGCCUCAUCGAAGCCUUUAUGAAAACGGGUUGACAAGCCACAUGCACCUUAUAAAUAUUAUAUAUUUAAUAAAUAUUUUAUGUUUUAA